CAGGCGGCGGAAUUUGCAGAACGUCGCGCCGUUUGGUCGUAGAUUCAGGCGUUCGCUGCCUGCAUCUGCCCGGAGGAAUGUCCCCAGUGCUUCUUCUCCUGUGGGGUCUGCUGGUCCAUUUACCAGGUAUCCUGGCGAUCCCAGUCCUUCAUCAGAACCCAAUUUCCGGACCUUUCUCAGCGGGACGGAACGCUCGCUUGGAGUGUCGGCUGGAGAACGGAGAGGUUGCAAGUAGCAAUGCUUAUUGGGACCGACAGUGUCCAGCGCAGAGACCAGAGUGGGUUAUUUCACAUUACGCGAAUGACAAUAUUCAUAGGGGAACCGGCAUUACUGACCGUUUCCGACCGUCCAGAGACACCUCCGCCGAUAGUUUCAUCCUGGACGUCAUCAGCCUCGAGCCCGGCGACUCGGCCGUCUAUUACUGCAAGACCGAAUUUCAGAAACCCUCGAUUCUCCUUCUCCCUCCACCUCAGAACGAAAUUGGCUCGGGAUCGGCCACUCUCUCCUGUCUGGUGAGCGGCUUUAAGCCGGGCUUGGUCGCGCUGCGCUGGAAGGUGGAUGGCGUCGAGACAGAGAGCGGAGUAACGACAGGCGCUGUGCCCCUGGACACCGACCAGACCUACAGGCUGAGCAGUUACCUGCGGGUUCCCGCCGCUGCCUGGAACAAGGGCUCGAGCUAUUCCUGUAGCGUGAGUCACAGCUCGCUGAGCUCGCCGCUGCGCAAAACCAUCUCUUCGUCCGCCUGUGCAGAGUGAGGCCGCGGCUUUCGACUGUGCAUGCGGAUUGUUUGCUCUUGCCAUUGCAGAAACAUCUGCACUGGAACUAUGCAGCCGCCUUGUGCAAUAUAAUUAUGUACUAAUGUCCGCUUCUGGGUACAAACAGAAUGUUUAAUAAUUUCAGAGAUGAUCGCGAUGAUUAUUCGGCUUUUGAGACGCAUAAUUCUUUUUAAGAAUUAUCCUCCACUCUGCUCUGUGUAGAAUGGGAAGAGAUUCCCCUGUAGAUGGUGACCGUAUGUGAUUGGAUCUUUUGUAA